AUUUCUUUAAAAAAAAUACACACACAAUACUACACGUAUUCAUAAUACAUGAAUGGUCUUGAUUAUAACUUGCAUUCUCGCAUUCUAGUGAGUCUGGCAAGUGUGUUGGCCGAUUCAAGGUCCAAAGCAACUACAGAUGAAGUUGAUAGGCUUUUAUCUAAAUGCCCUACUAUUCCUAUUUUACCCAUUGAAGAUACUACUAUUGUAACUCCAGGUCAAAAAAACAUAGGAUGCAUGACACAGCGCCAUCAACAAACACUUGAUGCUUUAAUUAAAUAUACUGUCAAAGCUACCAAAUCAAUUCAGGCCGACAUUAUACCUCAUAUUCUUAGUUAUUUGAAAUAUUUGCCUGCAUAUGAAUGGGACGAUGUCAUUCCAUCAAAAGGUUCUACGACACCGGAUAGUCUUACUUAUAGUUUGGUUUUCGGUUUACUGGAUAUUGCGUAUCAGCACUCUGAAUUAGCGGACAAAAUUUAUGAGACGUUAUGGAAUUAUGGAAAAUGUAUUAUCGACUUGGUGGAAACAACUGACACGGAAUACAUUGUCUAUUUCAUUUUGCCAUCAUUAGCUGGAUUAGCUCGUGCUUUACAAUUAUCUCCUUAUCUCUGCAAGGCACAUCAACUUCAAUCCAUUUGUGAAAAUAUUCAGCCACUUAUUGUUGACAGAACAUUAGAUAAUAUUAAAAAUGCAAUUGAUACCUGUCUAAAAGAAUGUGAUGGUGAUUCUUAUAGUAGACGUGUAUUAGCCACUUAUUGGGAAGCGGGUGUACCCCUCAGCUCAAAUCGUAUUAUUCAUGAUUUACUUAUUAUCUUUAGAAAUGUAACCGCCCGGGUUGUUGCUGUAUCCAAUCCUAGUGAUCAAAAAAAUGGACCAACUGAUCUGAAAAAAUUGCACUUGACUACUAAUAUCGAGCACGCUUGGUCAAUUUUAAUGGAGAAAGUCGCUCGUGGUGUUCCAUCACAAAAUGGAGGAUUAAUGGAAACUGAUAAAAAACUUAACAAAAAUCUUCGUGGAAUUUAUGUUAUGAGUUUAGGUUAUUUUGAUGACAUUCGAAAGUACGCUGAAAAGAGAGAAAAUGAGGGUAAAAAAUGGUCUCCUGAUUCUUACAUGAAAGAAAUUAUGGGUACCAGUUUGGUAAGUUCACAUGCGUUUAUUAAUCCCUGAUUGAUUUUUUUUUUUUUUUAACAAAACAAUGUACAAAUUAGCAAGUGGCAGCUUUAAGCUCAAUUUAUUUACAUGAAGUAGAUGAUGUAUUGAUUAAUUAUAUUUAUGAAUGCCUUUUUGAAAACUCUAACAGUACAGAUUCAUGGGUUCAUGUAGCUUCAUUAGAUUCAGCCGUACUUUUAGCAAUUAAGU